AUGUCGCGACUCAAAGCUUGCAGCCAGCUCCUUGAACUUUGUGGAGGACACCCCUCUGGAGGAAGUGGAGCAGUGGCGGUUGUGCUGUUAUAGGACUGGUAGGGAGACGACAUGGACUCCAAAAAGGGUGUACUGAUCGUGGGGAUCCCCCUGGAGUGUACUGAGCGCGAAAUCUCAGAGACGGUGAGGAUGGGCUUGCACCCGCUCACUGCCUACAGGCUGCUGAGCAGGAUUUUCAGAAGGGAGGACGGUGCUAAUGCUGUCUUCCUUGAACUGGCCGAAACUGUCAGUUACAGUAUGCUGCCCAGUCAGAUACCAGGAAGGGGGGGCUUUUGGGAUGUGGUGGCGACACCCCAUAAUUUAGAUGUUGAGUUUCUCAGCCGGCUGAACAAUUUUCUGAAAGAUGAGGACCGGAGAUCGACAGAUGUGGCUCAAGCCUUGGGGUAUGAUCUUCCCCUCCAGGACACACAGCCAGAGAACUGGGCCCAAGUCCAGACCGAGGUUCCACAGCUUCUGAGUGAGAAUUCGUGGUACCGGAAGCUGAGUGUAUUUUCAGGUGACAACCACACAGGCCCAGAAGCAGAGAACUUUGAGGUUUGGCUGGAGCAGGUCACUGAGAUUAUGGCAACCUGGCAAGUGUCUGAGGCGGAGAAGAGGCGGCGUCUGCUGGAGAGCUUGCGGGGCUCUGCGCAGUCCAUCAUGCGGGUGCUAAAGGCCAACAACGAAGCCCUCACCACGGAGCAGUGUCUGGAUGCCCUGAAAGAGAUUUUUGGAAGCAAAGAAGAUUAUCGAACGGCGCAAUUUCAAUUCCUGCAGAGCUUCCCCAUGCCGGGAGAGAAGGUCUCUUCCUUCUUGCUCCGCCUCGAGCCCCUGCUGCAUAGGGCUGUGCAGUGCAACCCCCUCUCCACUCACAGCACAGACACGAUCCGUCUCAAGCACACCCUCGCUCGCACCUCCCUGAGCUGCGCACUCCAGAGCAGGCUGGAGGUUCUGGAUCAGCGAGGGUGCCCUCCCACUUUCCUGGAGCUCAUCAGAAUGGUCCGCGAGGAGGAGGCGUGGGAGGCCAUGAUGUCGGCGAGGCAGGAGGCCCAGCAACAACUCUCCGGGGGCCACUCGGCAGCAGCGGACUGUUCCCUCGUGCUGACAGAAUUCGCCGACACCAGCACCCAGACCCUGAGUCGCAUGUACUACAGAGAGGAAAGCAAGCCCAGGCAGUACGCUAGUCCCGCUGGUCCCGGGGCUGGCCAGCAGCUUGAGUCAGUGCAGGCCUUUGAAGUUGAGAUGGAAAAGGAGUCGGGAAACGAGCUGGGGGCUGGGGCUCUGAGCCACCCCACGCCCUAG